AUGACUAACACUGAUGCCGAUCUUCAAUCAAUGUUCCCUGACAUUCCAUCGUGGAAGUUCCAGCAGCGAAAGCUUGUGUGCGCUGCGAACAUCGCAGAGCACAAAGACAACCUUGCAAUACUGUACUGCAAGAUCUGGGAUAUUGCACGUGGAGGCGAGUCCAUCGUAGUCACUGAUGGCGAAGAAACAAUCAAGGUCACUGGCAAAAACGAACUUCUCGAAGAGUUCAAGUUUGGCGACUACAUUAAAAUCGAAGGUCGGGUGGAAACUGACAGUGGAAGCCAAGGUGUGAAGUUGGAAGCCUAUGAGAUCGAAGAGACUCCGGACGCAUCGGAUGAAUCAUUGAAACUUGCGAAUGGGACGGCGCUUCAGGCAGACAAGUGGAGUGCUGUUAUCUACGGAAACUGA